GUUCCAGUCUCAAUAGGAAUCCAAGAUGUGUCUUCGUUCAUAUAUUGUACUUGUUAAUUAUCUUCAUACGCUUAAUUUGUCUUCUGAUAUUUGCUAAUAUCUAAAAAAAACUAUGGAAGUGGAUCUUGUUCAAAUUUCAGCUUCAGGUACAGUGCAUGAUCUUCACUUGAUUUAUGAGUUUGACGGAGUUCAUUUUUAAUAAUUAGGGCUUUCAUGUGACAAAGAGUAACGCCAAUUACUUGACAGGCUUUAUGAUUCUUUUGUUUAAGCUAAUUUAGCUUUUAUCUGGGAUUUCUUUAUUCUUUUGCGUAGUGGCAGGUUAUCACUAGCCGAGUAAAAACUAAAUUAUACACUGUUUUUAAACAGUCUUUCACUGUUCUCCUUUUUUCUUGUUACCAAGAAUCAACAGUGUUUCAUGCUUACUUUCUCCAGUUUGUAAGAACUGUGCUUCUUACCUUUCUUGUUCUCCACUAGUUAGAAUUCAUUUGACCAGCUUUUCACCUAUUACAACACAGAUUUUAUAGGAUCAAAUACAGCCGAAGGAUUUGAUGGAGAUGAACAACAUUCCUGGAGGCGGAUCGCAUGUUGCGCAGCAUAGAUGGCGUGAUAAGCUAAGAGCUCAACAGCAGAAUUCUUUUGACCAUAAUUUUGAACAAUUGUGGCUUCAUCAAGUGCAUAUCCCGGAUCCUGAUGACCAGUUUCGUAAUUCUAAGUAUGGGACAUUAUCGCCGCAUGAUCAAACUGUGUUUUCAUCCCAAACGCUGAAUUCUGCGACAAAAUGUUCACAAAAUGACUGUUUUAGCAAUUCAAUGAUUUCUAGCUAUCUUCCGCACCCGGAUUCAUCAUCCAACCUCAACUUGUUGGCUGACAAUUACACGGGUAAUCUGAAUGCAUCUUUUCUUGCAGAUGUAACAAACGAUGUUUGUGCAUACCCUAGGCAGCCUCAUUGUUAUAGUUAUCAAGAUGUUGCACAUUCGUCAUUAGGUGAAAGUAGCAAUAAUAUUAUAACUUCUCCAUUUGACUACCAAAAUACCCUUGUGAAUGUUGAAGAGCUUGAUAUGGCUAGGUAUAGUGCAAAGGAUUCAAAUGAAGUACUCCUUCAUUUUCUUCCGAGUUUCGGUGAGAGUAACUCAUUAUCUAACACACCGGUGGAUCAAGCCUUCCGACAAUGGAAUGUCGAAAGUGUAGCAAAUAAGAGUCAUGAUCCACAAGGCUUAUCAUUGUCGCUUUCAGUUGAUAUCCUAGAGUCUAGUAAUUUAGACGAAACUCGGUGUUCCAAGGCCUUGAAGUACUCUAAUUAUUUGUGUUCGACUUCUAAGCAGUCAUGCGCAGGAAGUAAAGGCGGGUUCGGUGUCGAAUACGGUCGCAGAAACAUACACAAUGUAGCUGGGCCGCAUGGUCCUUUCACAGGUUAUGCUUCUAUUCUGAAGGAUUCAAAAUAUCUGAAGCCGACGCUGGAGUUGUUGGAGGAUCUGUGUGGCUCGAAACAAAAAAUAAGUGAAAUUUAUCCGGAUAAAAUAGACGACGAAGAGGAGUUCUUAGGAAGCAGCGCUAGUGAAUCUUCUUGGCCUACAUAUCAUAAAAAGAUGGUAAAUUUGUUGUAUCUGCAACAAGAGGUUUGCAGAAAAUACAAACAAUAUCAGCAGCAAAUGCAGAUGGUGAUUUCGUCAUUCGAAUCAGUGGAAGGUGUUAGUUCUGCAACCCCCUACAUUUCGGUGGCUGUCAAGACAAUCUCCAUGAACUUUCGGUGCCUCAAGGACGCGAUCUCGGACCAACUCAAACACACGGGAAAAGAAUUAGGAGAGGCUUUGUCAUCGCCAACUGCGGGUACUAGUAGUCAUACUAUUCUAAAGCAAAAAACUUGUGCGAGCAAUCAUCGUGUCUCCAGAUUUGAAAAACAACCUGUUUGGAAGCCUCAGAGAGGCCUCCCUGAACGCGCUGUGUCCGUGCUUAGAGCUUGGCUUUUUGAACACUUUCUUCACCCGUACCCAACAGAUAGUGAUAAGCAUAUGCUGGCUAUUCAAACUGGAUUAACUCGAAAUCAGGUCUCGAACUGGUUCAUCAAUGCACGAGUGCGUAUCUGGAAACCAAUGGUUGAGGAAAUACAUUCCCUCGAAACAAAAGCUCUGGCAGAAGCAAGCUCACGCAUGACAAGAGAUAAAGUCCGCGAGAAGAUGGUUUCGGAAUGUGCUAGCCUCCAAUAUAAUUAUGACCAUCCAGCAAACAGGCAAUCUGGAAUGGAUGCAUUUACGAACAAUGAUAGGAGAUCAAGGGAAGAUUUCUGGAAUGAGGAGAAACGAUCAAGAACUGAAUGUCAUAUUCCUGUUAGCAUAGACGGCUCCUUGGUGAGUUUAGUGCCGUAUCAACAAGAGCAAGAUGGACAGGGAAAUGUGUCACUUACAUUGGGUCUCAGGCAAAAUGUGCAGCAACAGAUGCAUCAACAUGGACAACAUUUGUGAGGUCAGAUCAUGAUUAGUGAUUUCGAUGUUUUAUAAUGUGUAACUAAAUUUUAUGGGAAUAAACGUGUAGAUGACGUGUUGACUAGAAUAAAUUUAACCUUGUGCAUGACAUUGUAAUGAUCUGGUUGUUGUAUUUGUUCAUGCAUGUAGGGAGAUGUAAUAGAUGCCAUUUGUUAUGGCGGAUCUAAUAACGAAUAUUUGAAGUUGUCCAACUAUAUUUCAUGUACUUGUAUUAUAUGAUACUUAUAAAUUAUUAUUAGCAUUAACAAUUACAUGAUGCAGCAAGUAUAAGGAAAAGAGAUGAUAUACAAGGCCCGUUUGAUUUGCAGAAGCAA